UAGUAGCUGGCAUAAAAACUCAUAAUUAAUCUCAGUUUGUAUUUUUCUGGUUGAUUGUGAUAUGUGUGCUUGCUUUUUUUGCUUCCAUGUGGUCACCCGAAAAGUGUUAUUUGGUGCAGUAUUUUGUUUGUCUAGUUAAGAAGAAGAGCUCUUCAUCUUUGCUGAUUGUAUGUGGUUGGCUUCUUGCUAUUGCAAACUCGAAGUACUCUAGCUAUUUGGAAAAAACAUGCCUCAGUUUACAUGCUUGUUUUUCUCAUUUCUCUUGCCUUUUCUCUUAUGAUGUUUGAUUAGUUGCGAAAUGAGACUUGUUAAUUCGAGAUUCGGUCUUAGGUUGAGUUUGUUUCUUUGUGCUGCAACUUUAGGUUAAGUCUGGAAGUUAGUUCCUUUUCCCUCACAGCACAUUUCCUUCUUUUUCCUUUAAGCUAAAGUUAGGGUAUAAGGAAUUUGGACUCUUUUGUUCCACUUUAAGUUCCAGCUCAUUAACUUAAAGUAGCAAUACCUAUGAACAUAACUCUGGAGAAACUGUGAAUGUAUCCCAGCUUCAACUUAAGUAGAAGGAGAAAAGGUAGAAAAGCUGCAUAAGACAUGCUAUUUAUUUGGUCAUGCUCAAUAAGAUGUUGUGUCCUUUGUCUGGUGGUUAGAUUUCAUAUGGAAGAUUCUUUGCAAAUCCAAGAGGGAACUGUGAGGUCGACGUUAUCAUAAUGCAAGCAGAUGGGAAAAAGAUGGUCGACCCAAACAAACAGACGGCACUGUGCUCCCGUCUGAGAAUGGAGCUUCUGAACCCUCUUCGAGUAGCGGUGGUCAGUACGGGUCCGGACACAGAGCUUCUUGUGGCAAACCCUGUUGAACUCUCUGGCAGGAGAAGGCCUCUUGUCUUCCAUGAUAUCACCCUGGCUCUCAAGAUGCUCAAUGCUUGCGCCUUCUCGGUGAAGAUUGGAAGGUACAUGAUCCAUGAUAGGGGGUGGUCAGUGUACAGGGUGCUGCUUGAUGAAAGGGAGGAACGCCCAACUGUGCCAAGGAUGAAGAUUGAGGAAGAUGUGAAGAAAGUAUUGAUGGGUUGGGAAUAAGAUUUGAUCAUCUACUUGUUCCAGCCACUGUAUAUAAAAGUUAUAUCUAGAUUCAGUUUUUUAUUUCCUUUUCCCUUGGCUCCUUAAGGUUCCUGAGUAAUCUUCAGUAGAGUUGGCCAGUUGGGCGCUUUCAGGUCACAUCAGUGAUUCAGCCUAGCUUCUUCUCUUACUCUUCUGAUAAAAGUUGUUGUCUCUCUGAGAAAUUGUACUGAUUGAAUCACCUAUUGUAGAUAAUACAUGUAUGGUUUCUCG